AUGUCGACGGUUGUAAAAUUGAUUUGGGCCUUUUUCGCCGUCGCCAUCGGCUCCAUCACCGAACCAACGACCAGCAAAUUGGAACCGUACAUCGAAGAGGUCCCCGCUGUGGAAACCACCGGCAAGCGAAAUUCGAACGCGGAUUUCGGGAAAUCCGACGAUGCAUCGAAUGCUAAAGCGGUGAAAACAGCGAAUGUUGCGGUGCAAACUGGCGAUGGGACGGGGGAAAGGCAUUGGAAAAUGCAAGAGGUAAUCGAUAGCGUGCUGGCUUCGAAGGAAUUCGCUGGGAAACUCGAAGGAAUGGUGCAAAAGAUCAGCGCUAAGAGGUUCGAGGAAUUGGAAAAGGAAGUGGGAACGUUGCGCAAUCAACUGGAAAUCAACGCGUACGAUCUGAAGGCUUUCAAAAGGCAGUUGAACAAAUUGGAGAGGAUCGAAAACGAUACGUUGGAGUCGGUGAAGAAACACGACGGAAUGAAAACAAAUCUAAAUCUCGAAGCGGCUAUCGUGCAAUCGACCGCUUUGAAUAAGAAUCUCCUGAAGGAACUCGACGGAUUGAAGCAGAAACUCGGCCAAAUGGAGAACGACACGCGCGAGUUUAACCAAACGCUAAACACGAUUCCUAGAGAAACCAGCGAAGUGCCGAUUUCGCAAAAAACCAUCGAUAGAAUCGCCAGGAAAGUCGCCCAAUCCAUGGCGCAGAAACCGCAAAACGUCAUCGAAAGACCUAGAAAAAAACCCGAGCAAAAAUACCAGCGAAAACCCAAACGGAAAGCGCACGGGGAUAGAUAUCCUUCGUUCUUCGACGUGAUCAAGAAUGACAAACGCCGAAUGGGCUUGCACAGAUCGAAUUUCGAUGCGAUGGAAAACUGCCAAAGUUUCACUAACAUAGCCAAUCUAAGUACACCCAAAUCCAUCCAGACAACUAUAUGCUAUAAUUCAAUCGAUUCGAGCGAAUUAAAACCAUCAAACAACGAUACAUGCGAUGUAAUCGCGGGUAAUAUUAACUCAUACACGAUCACUAUCACGAUUUGCGACUUGGAUCCAACCUAUGAUUACGAUUUCGAAAAUAACCCGGACGUUAUUAACCAAUACGGUAAUCAAGAAUUGCCAUUAGUGGCAAUAAAAAUACCUGUGAGAAGACCAAUCAACCCUAGACCUAUCAUAAAGCCCAUCUAUAAACCUUUAAUCUCAUCACCACUGCAUGAAUCCAUUGGGUCUUAUAAUGGUAAAUACCAAAACUCCAAAAAAAAACCUGCACUUGGACCAACACGUAGACCUAAACCUACCCAUAUGCCCAGGCCCAAACCAACAACACCAAGACCUCUAUAUUACGAUUCAGAUGAACAAUAUCAUCAAACUGAUACAGCUAAUUAUAAUUUACAUUUCUACGAUUAUGACACGCCUAAUUACGACAUUAGUUAUGAAAUUUCCGAAGAAGAUACCAAGAGAAAACGGAUUUUUGCCAAACUCAUCGGACAAGUCGUAAUAAAUCUAUUCAAAAGAGUGAAUGAAUACGAGAAGACAGAUACAUACAAUCGCAACAUAAAGCCAAGGUCCGAGGGUGUACAAAAACAAACUCAAUCGAACGUGACAGCAGUAUCGAUUAUCGAAACUUUGCUGCGAUUAGGCAAUAAAACUUUCCCUUUAGCUAGAAAUCUCACCAGAAAUUAUUUCCGCGCGGAUCCGAAGUAUAAUAAAACAUGGACGAAGAACGAUAGGAUUAUUUUCUUCUUGAAAUAUCUGUAUAAAGGAGCGAUAAAAUCGAUUAAUAACAUCAGCAAGAAAAUUCCUACGUGGCAAAUGCCAAAAAACCUGAACGGUUUGAUGAAAAACAGUUACGACUCAGUCGUUAAAAAUAUAUAUAACACAUUGAAACCUAUGAUGAAGAACACCAAAUCAAGGAAAUCCAGAAGAUGUGAAGUGAAUCCGCCGAAUUAUUUCGACAGCAGAGACACACCGAGGCUAAUCGAAACCCAUCCAAGCUCUUACUCAAAACAUUAUCCAAACUCUUAUCCAGACCCUCAUCCAAGCUCUUAUACAGAACCUCAUUCAAGCUCUAAUCAAAAACCUCAUUCAAACUCUGAUAUAGAAACUCAUCCAAGUUCUUAUGCAGAAUCCCAUCCAAGUUCUUAUGAAAAACCUCUUCCAAGCUCUCACCCACAACCUUAUCCAAAUUCUUAUGCAGAAUCCCAUCCAAGUUCUUAUGAAAAACCUCUUCCAAGCUCUCAUCCAGAACCAUAUUCAAGUUCCUAUGCAGAACCCCAACCAAGCUCCUAUGAAAAACCUCUUCCAAGCUCGUAUCUAAAACCUAACCAAAGUUCUUAUCCAGAACCUCAUUCAAGCUCUUAUCAAAAACCUCAUUCAAACUCUGAUCUAGAAACUCGUCCAAGCUAUUAUGCAGAACCCCAUCCAAGCUCUUAUGAAAAAUAUCAUUCAAGCUUCUAUCCAGAGCCUCAAAAACCUAAUCCAGAUUUACAACAACACAACGUUCCGAACAUCCAGCACAGAUCUGAACCAGUUCAAGAUUAUCUGGAUGAUGGAAGUAUGAUUAGGUAUAUCAAAUUCCCUGUGGAUGAACAACGAUUGGAUGUGUUAAGGAAACUCAUCGAUGGAUCAUGGCGUUUAAGAGAAAAGUCGCUGACCAAGCUUUCUGUUGAAAAACAGACGGAUUAA